AAGUUGUGUAAAAAACAAGGCAACCAAAAAUAUAAUAAAAUAAAAAAUUGCUAAAAUCGCUGCCAUGACCCCAAUCUCCAUCUUCCCUCAAUCUCUCCGCCUCCUCUCCCCUCCCUCUCCCCUCCUCAUCUCCUCCCACCUCAAAACCAAACGAACCCCAUCGAACCCCAUUAUAAUGACGUCAUGGCUGAAGCAAACCCUAGGCCAGCGCUUCAAUCCCUCGGGGAUCUCCUCCUUCACCGACGUCAUCUCCAGGGACCCACAGCUCGCCCUACCCCACCUCACCGUCCCCGACAUCCGCCACCUCGACUGGGCCGAGCUCCGGCGGUUAGGGUUUCAAGGCGUCGUCUUUGACAAGGACAACACUCUCACUGCGCCGUAUUCUCUUUCUCUCUGGCCAUCUCUCGUUCCGGCCUUUGAGCUCUGCCGAUCUGCUUUCCCCGGAAAAAUCGCGGUUUUUAGUAACUCCGCAGGGUUGUAUCAGUAUGAUCCUGAUGGGAAGGAGGCGAGGGCUCUCGAGGAGGCGAUUGGAGGGGUUCAUGUUAUAAGGCAUGAGAUUAAGAAGCCAGGUGGAACAGCAGAAGAUAUAGAGAAGUACUUUGGUUGUUCGGCCUCAAAUCUCAUCAUGGUGGGGGAUAGGCAAUUCACUGAUAUUGUUUAUGGAAAUAGAAAUGGCUUUCUGACUAUUUUAACAGAACCUUUAAGUCUUUCCGAGGAUCCUUUUGUUGUCAAACAGGUGAGGAAGUUAGAGAGCUAUCUCAUCAAUCGCUGGUAUCAACAAGGAUUAAAGCCAUCCAAACACAGUCUAUUAUCAGAAGCCAAGCAGUGUGUAAAAGCUCCAUCCUUUUAACGAUUACGUGGUAACAUUAGAAACAUUUAAGCUAUCCUUUGUUUACCCACCUACUUGCUACAUGCUCAUUGGAGAGCUCAAAAGCUGAAAUUUCACCGGUAUUUCGAGCAGCCAGGUCACAGUCAGGCAAUUCGAUUGGGUGAUAAUGUGGUCUCUCAUCACGAUUUAGUGACUCUUGAGUGUUUUAUGGCAAGGCAAUGAACUUGUCAGAGGAUCAUAAGAAGGCGGUGUUAAAAAUUAUGGCUGGCAACAAUUUUUUGAACCAUGCGUACUAUUUAGGCUUUUAGACGAGAAAGAUUACUGCAUAUAAUUGAAAGCGGUUGGAAUCAAAAACAUGUGAUCCCAACUGCUGUUUGUUGUUACAUCAGCAUUGCUGUAUGAAUACAUUUUUGAAGGAACAAGUGCUACGUAACAUAGUUGUAGAGUUUCUAAGA